ACAGUCAGUGAGUCAUAACUCUCUCCAAGCAGCUCCAUUUGUUAGCCCGUUGCAGUAGAAUCUCGUUCAACAGCAAGACUUCGACGAUUUAAGAUGUCUGAUUCAAAACCCUUCCGGGUCAUCAUGUGGUGUGUACCACGUUCGAUAUCGACUGCCAUAGCUAAGUGUUUCAGUUUUAUUGAUAACGCAGAGGUAUGGUUUGAGCCCUACUGUCUAGCCUUCUUUCAAGACUUUACGCUGAAAGCAAUGGGCGUUCCUCUUCCGAGGAGCUGUGGUGAUUUUGACCCGCAGGCGUUCUUAGGUCCAAUAAAAGCCAUGAUGAAAGGCUCUCCCAUGGAACACGCUUUCAUGCCAGAAAAGAUGGACGUGUCACUAAUGUUGCGCGAUGGGAUAAGGCAACAGCUUGAAAGUCAACCGGCCGACAAACCUACAUUCAUCAAGGACAUGGCGUAUGGCGUCACAGGGUACCUAGAUCUCUUACCCAAGAAAGAGGCAGGUUACAAACACACGUUUCUGAUCCGUGAUCCUGAGCGGAUGUUCCCUUCCUGGAGAACCCUUCUGAUAACACAGGUUGCCGAGAUGCCAAUGCCGGGAAGGAAACCUGUCGACCCUGACACCUUCGACAUGACCACAGAUGUGCCGUUCAUGAUGCCAGGCUACACCUACAAAUGCCAAUAUGACCUCUGGAAGCACGCCAAGGAGAACUUUGACCCAAACCCUGUGGUCAUUGAUGUCGACGAACUGUUGGCCAAUCCUGCGGAUAUGCUUCCGAAGUACUUUGAAGCUUGUGGAAUGCCCUGGGAUGCUAAGUAUCUCCAGUGGGAUGCUAGUCCAGACAUAGUGAAGACUUGGCGGUGUAUAUUUCCCAUGUCCGGGACCAGAGCGGAUGGCACUAUACGUCUUGUCCACAAGAUAGCCUUUGAAAGUUCUGAAUUCCGAGCAUCGAAACCAAAGCUUCCUCGAUCAGAGAUGACCCCGGACACAAUCAAGGCUAUAGACGCCACAGCAGACUACUACAAAGAAAUGGCCGAAACAAGGAUCAAACCUUAAGAAAAUUCAAAUGCAUGAUGAAAACAUACUUUUUAUAUUGCUGCCGUGAUAAUGAUGAAAUGUUUAUUUUCAGUUGUACUAUUGUAGAAAUUUUAUUCUAUGAACAUGGUGAAAUUAAUUAUAUCAGGAGACGAACGAAUACUACAGUCACACAAGGAAACCGCCCCCAGGCCGAUACUGACCAAAGCUGAAAAUAAAAUAAAACACGUUGUUUAAGCUCGUCACUCUAACAACAAGUUGUUAAAACCUUUUUUAUGAUUGUUUAAACUUUUUAAACAACUUGUUUAAAAAGUUUAAACAGCAGUUGGAUUGACAGGCUUAAACAACGUGUUUAAAAUUUUAAACAGCGUUUUUACAGUGUAUACGUUAUCUCCAAUGGUGUACCAGCUGUCGGUUUGGAGUAAGUUUCGUGUGACUAUUGCACAACAGGGGCUGCGGAACCGGGGUUGGUGGGCUUCACCCCCCCCCCCGCUUUUUUUUCCAAAACCGUGUACAAAUCCGAUUGUGAUUUUAUACAUGGUCCAUAGGCGGAUCCAGGGGGGAAGGGGGAAAGAAAGAAAAAGAAGGGAAAAGAGAGGAGAAAAAAGGGGAAACAUAAGAGGAGGAAGACGAGUGAAUAAAAUAAGAUAAGGGGAAGACUUGAAAAAUCAUUUUUUUAAUCUUUCAUGUCACUGUACAGUAUAAUUUUUUCGCUCGCGCUUCGCGCUCGCAUUGCCUUUUAGGUGAUUUAUAUAUCUUGCUCAAUGUGAAGCUUGAAUAUCAAAUUUUGAAGUCAAUAUACAAAACAUAUUUCCGCUCAGAUGUUCGAACUUUCAUUAUUUUGUUUGAUUUACAAAUUGAUUUUUAAAAAGUGCUCUGUAAAAAUUUAUGCUUUAUCUUCUGAAUGCACGCUCGCAAAAUUUGAUUUGUCAGGUACCUAUUAUUUUCCUGUAUUCCAAAAUUCUCAAAUAUCCCUAUUCAGGUCAAAUUUUCAAAACGUAAUAGCUAGCGCAUCGAUUAAAUAAAAUACUACUAAAUAUCCCCAUUUCAUGACAGUUUAUCAAAAAUUUCAGCUCGCGAUUUGCGCUAGCAUUGAUUGUUGAAAAUAUAUUUACUCAUGCAUCUUAUUUAUAAUCACAAAAGUGCUUUAAAUGUCCAGUUUUCAGGCCAUUAUAAAUCAACAGAUUUUGCGCUCUCAUUAGGCUUAUUAAAUUAAUAAAUAAGAUAUUAAUUUAAUAAUCAAAUUGUCCCUUUUUUCAGAAUGGAAUAUCGACAAGUUUCUUCUCCCGAUUAGGAAGAAUAAUUGGAAGAUAGUCAUCAUUUUCAUAUGAUGACAUAAUGUUCUUAGAAUGUCCCUGUCCUAUAUAUGUCAAAACUCAAAGUAAUUAUAAAGAAACAAAUCAGAUCUUUUUUUAACUAUGAUUCAUAUCCACCUCACAAUUUUCCUACAAAGUGCUUGAAAUACAGAGCGUAAAUUGAACCUUUUUUCAGAUUGGAAUAUCAAAUAUUUUAAGCUCUAGUUUCGUGCUCGCUUAUUGAUUUUCAUGAUGAAAUAAAGGUAGGUCGAAAUCUGAAACACGCGCACGCAUGUUUAUUCAGAUACGCAGCUUGUUCUCUAUUGCAAUCAUUAUGAGCCUACAUAUCCAGUUUCAGAUCAGAAUAUCAAAUUCUUUAUGCUCACGCUUUGCGUUCGCAUUAUUAUUGUAGGAAGAUACCAAAUUAUGCCCAAUUUUUGUUCAUGAUCUCAAAAACAUGAAGAGAGUGUCCCGUUUUUAGGUAUGAAAUCUCAAUUUUACCGCUCGCACUUCGCGCUCGCAUCAAUUGUUUCGUUAUAUACUUAUACCGUUUUUAUUAUUUUUUAUUUUUUUUCAUCUUUUGCAGCAUAGAGCUUCGCCCUUUUAAUGCUCGCACGCUCACAUCCUUUUUUUUUUUUGCCCGAUACGUGCUCUGGACCCCUCAAAAAUUUUCCCUCAAUACGCCACUGCCUUUCCAUGCCAUGAUAUAAUGUAACCGGGAUAUUUGGGGGCUCUUGCACCCCCCCCCCGGCCACUGACCCCUGUUAUUUGUUCAUGUUUAUUCCAUUCCUUUAUGUUAUUUAUUUUUAAGAGAAAAAAAUGAAAACUAUUUUUGACACUUUCCCUUUGAUUUAAUAAUAAAGAAAAACAUCAAACGGAAGGAAGGUUUUUGGCAAACCGUUUAAUUUGUAAAUACUAUAGCGAAGAGAUUGGGGAGCUUGAGAUGCAUGCCCCCCCCCCAG